AUGAUGAACAGUACCUACUCUCCUACUCCUAACUACAACAAUUAUUCUAUCUUAGAAAGAGAUAGAUCUACCAUCCUCUCUCCUUCUAGAGUUAGAUUAAACUAAUUAAAUGAAAGACUUUCAAACAUGCAAUUACAAUUAGAAGAGUCAACCAUCAUUAAAAAAGAAGUUUAUGAAGCUAGAAUCAGAGCAUUAAGAGAAAAAAUCAAUAAAAAUGCCUAUGAUGAUGAAGCAAAAUUCAAGCUUUUACAAGAAUAAAUUUUAAAGAUCCAAGAAAAUCUUAACAAUGAAAAGGGUGCCAGAGAAAACGUCGGUGAAAAGAGAUUCAAGGAAUAUAAAACUAUUGAAACCAAGUUUAACAAUGAAUAAGGAAAGGAAAAGCAAAGCAGAAAAGACUCUGAAUAGAAAAUCUUAAAGCAAGUUGAUGAAAAGAUCUACUAAAUGAGAGUCGAUUUAAGCAGAGAUAAAAGAGCCAGAGAAGAAUACGAAGAAAGAACUGCUCAAGAAGUAGGUGAUGAAAUCCUCCAAUUAUAAGAAGAAAUCGACGAAGAAAGAAAAAUUAGAGAAGAAGGUAAUGAAAUAUUGAUUAAAAGAUUGGGAGAUGAAAUUUUGAAAUUCUAAGAAAUCCUUGCUAACGAAAGAAAAUAAAGAGAAGAAACCUAAAAUCACAUGUUCAAUAUGCUCGAAGAUAUUAAUAACAAACUCAGUCUUGAUAUCAACAACGAAAAAGUUGCAAGAGAAAACAUGGAAGAAACUCUUCUUAAAUUACUUGAAGAAACUUGCUAAAGAGUUGAAGUUGCUAUUAAGUUAAGUUGA